AUGAAGUCGUUAAUUUUAUUCUCUUUGCUUCUAAAAUUGGCAGUUGCUGGUGUUUGCCCGGCAGGAUGGGUGGCGGUGGAUCAACAGUCGCUGUGUUUAUUGGCCGUGAAAGAGGCCACCCCGUAUGCGUACGCUAUUGAUGGAUGCGAAAACCUGGGUGCGGAUAUUGUCAAAAUUACGGAUGCUUUUUACAACCAGAUCGUGAAUGGGCAAGGGAAAGAUGCCCUAAAUGGUCAGCCAGGUUUUAUUGGCGUCGAGAAGUUCCCGGAUGGAACUUGGAUUUAUACGGAUGGAUCGACGUUGAAUUAUAAGAACUGGGAUGAUGGAGAACCAAACAAUGCGAACGGCUGCGCUGUUCUCGAUCCUUCAUCCGGCAAAUGGAAAACGAAAAAUUGCAAAGACUCGGCGCCGUAUUACUGUCAGAAGGCAAUGUCCGACGACCCCAGUUCUUCGUUUCCGACGUGGCCGACAGUUCCGACGACUGCUUACGUGGCCUGCACGGCGCCGUGGAAACAGUACAAGGACCAUUGCUACUUUGUACAGAGCCUAACGGUCGGCUCGGACGGACUUUGGCUCGCCUGGACCUUCGACGACGCCGAGUCGCAGUGUGAGUCUCGCAACGCCAGGCUCGCUUCAAUUCAUAGCGAUGAGGAGAACGACUUCGUGAAUGGGUUAAUUACUACGCACGGCAUCAUCAACCAAACACAAAUGAUCCCGGAAGGGAUGGGAGCCUGUGGAUAUGCCUGUGCUUGGAUUGGAUUGCAGCUAUUCCCCGACAACACUACCGCUUGGACUGACGGAACACCGGUGGAUUACCACAAAGGACUGUAUCCUGGGCCUGAGAAAUAUGUCUUCGGGAUGCUACACGAUGAAUCGUGCGAAAUCGACUGGGAAGGCUGGGGUACGAUGGCCAUCUCGGCACGUUACAUCUGCAAGAAGGGGCUGAAUUGGCUGCAC